UCAUAAGUAAUUCCUGAACUCAGGGAAGGUGAAACAGUCCGGGAUCGAGAAACAGGUAUCGGUUUACCUUCAUAGCUCAUACGCCAGCCAUCCACUCAGAGCUUGCACCAUCUGUUCUUGAUUAGAUACACGUCUGCGACAUUCUAUCCCCAUAUUCCACCGAUAUCACCUACCAUGUUCAAGAAGAGAAACACCAAGGCUACGGUCAGCAAAAAGCGCCAAAAAGUGGACUUUGAUGACGCCGCUGCUCACCUUGACGAGGAAGCCAUUCCCGUGAUCAAGAGGAGUAAGCCGUCUCUGAUCCAGCCCGCACUAAAGGGACCAGAUAGCAUUCUCACAGUGUUCAGUAGCCUGGGAUUGCAGAGCACCACAAACACCUCUGAUGCCACCAAGCAGAAUGUGCUCUAUGAGGCAGAAGAAACAAAAAAGAUUGAAACAGACGGUGAUGACUCUCUUUACAAGGGCAGAAGCAACUACAGCGAUUUCAAGACCUCCAAAACAGACAAAACGGGUUCCACUGCCUUUAACGGCCCGAUUAAGGCAGCCACUAAUGUGCGAUCCACCACUGCCAUAGACUUCCAGCCAGAUGUGUGCAAGGACUACAAGCAAACCGGCUAUUGUGGGUACGGAGACACGUGCAAGUUCUUGCACAUCCGAGACGCGAUCAAGGCGGGCUGGAAAAUCGAUAAGGAGUGGGAGACCGUGGGACUGGGUGCUAGAAUCCGCGAUAAGAUUGUGGAGGAAGGAGUUCCGUUCAAGUGUGUCAUUUGCAAGGAGGACUAUAAGUCGCCGGUGGUGACGAACUGCGGGCACUACUUCUGCGAAGCAUGUUUUUUUAAGCAGUACAAUGUUAAGAAGGGGUGUUUCAUCUGUGGGAAGGACACCAGUGGGAUCAUCAAGCCGGCCAAGGAUUUACGACAACUUUUAAAGGGCUAAUAUCUGUCAACAUUGAAGGUCCGAUCCGAUAAGGUAUACGGGAGCUAUUAUCACUAAAUCCUGUUUCCCACAUACGUUGAAUUCCGCCCGAUUUCAGCAGCACUGGUCUUUUCCAUCUAAACAGCUUGUUUUGUUUGCCAUUGUGAAACUCAUUACUUGGAAUGAGCGAUCUUUAUACAAAGAUAGAUCAAUUAGAAUGUCCUUUGCUCAGUGCGGGCGCUAAAUUGCACGAGUUCCGA